UCUCCUCUCCAGACGGGGACAGGAGGAGAGCAGAGGGCCGGGCUCAGCCUCGCACAGCCCGGCAGGAGCCGCGCACCCGCUGCCGCCCGCCUCCGGCACGGGCAAUGCCUCCCUUGAGCCCUCGCAGCCCCACCGGCAGCCCCGCGGCCGAACACACCGCCUCGCGGCCGCACACUCCCUCGCACGCGCUCCCCGUCCCUCGCGCUCACUCGCACACCUCCUCCUUUACACGCUCACACACUUUCGCACACUCGCGUGCAGCUCCGUGCUCUCACGCUCUCCCUCACACCUUCGUGCACUCCCCCCCACACACACACACACGCUCCGUUACACACUUCCUCCCUCGCACACGCGCUCCCUCACUCACACACUCCUUUGCACGCUCACACGCAGACUCACGCACUCCUUCGCACACUUCCGCGCACCUUCUCGCACUCCCUCACUCACACACACACACACACUCCCUUGCACACUUCCUCCGUCGCACACGCACUGCCGCCCUCUCGCGCUCCCUCCCACGCCCCAACGGCCGCCAACAAAGCGGCGGCGGGACGCGGGCGGCGCGCACACAAGACGCGCACACACAAUGCUGCGCGGCACCUACCAGGCGGGCAGCCUCGGCCCAGAUAACUUCUUCAUCAGCCAGGCAUUGUAUGUUGAGACUCUGCUGUGUUCCCUGUAGAUUGAAUCCCUUUGGGUUCUCAUUUGUUCUCCAGCAAACACUGAGGCAUCAGCUGGAAAGCCACAUCCUCUUCAGGACACAUGUGGAAGGACCUGGACCAGCUGAAAAACAUGUGGAAGAAAGCAGCGGAAAAGCAAUAAAAAUAUAAAGCCUGUUAUCCUUCAAAAUUUGGCUGGAUCACUUCCAAAAAUUCAUUAAGGAUUUGACCCAUUAAUCUCUGUACAUGUGCAGAGUAGAUACCAGAAGGUCUGGGGAAGCCAGGCUGCAAAAUACUGCACAAUAAUGCUUGAAACACAGUUGUUUUCCUACUCUUCUAAGGACACUGAUGAACCACCUCAAGAUGAGUGGACCACCACAAGGCAGCGGAGCUGUGCUUUUGUAAAUACUCCAUUACCAUGUAUUAAUAAAGCCAUUCAUCACAUUCAAGAGUUGGAAGUAAAGAUGGGGAAAUACUUUCAACAGUAUGACCGUGUGUUUAAGGAGGAGAAAAAGCCGUGGAUAACAGAACAAGUCAGUGCUGAAUCUAAUGAAGAUACCUGGUUAUCAUUAUCAACUAGUUUGGAUUUUCAAGAUGCUAUUGUAUCUCGUGAAGACAGCAAGACGUUAACCUUGAAGCAGGAAAUAGCAGCUUUGCUACUGGAAGUUACUAAGCUAAUUAAGCGAUUGGAGGCUGAUCGUAUGGAGGCAGAAAAAGCUUUGGAGCAGGAGAGACAGCGAAGGAAAAAGCUUGGCAUGGAAAUUGAUAGCAUGUCACUUUGGAGGCUUCAGCACUUCCCUGCUGCUGUGCAAAAAGAAUACGAAACAUGCGCUCGAGAUACCUUAGAGCUACAAUGGCAUUUGGAUUGCAAAAGCCGUCAGCUGCGACAGGUACAAAACCAAAUACUUAAGAUAGAAGCAGUUAGCAGAAGGAUUCAGGAGGAUGUAGACUUCAUGAAGAAACACAGCCCUCUGCUGGAAGAAAAGUUGAAUCUGGAGGGUGAAGCUGUGAAGGAUGUGUUACUGGCUUAUGAAAAGGCAUCCAGAAUAUAUUCUGAUGUUCAUUCUGAGCUCAUGAAAAUUCAAAAGAGAAUGGAAAGAAUUGAUGAGGAAGCUAAAAAGAAGAUAAAAUCUAUGUAUGAGAAAAUUAAAUGUGCUGAGGUGCUACUAAGUCAAUACAAGAAUGAGUUAAAGCAUUCUGAAUUUAUUUGGAACGAAUACUGUAUGAAGUUAAAAAAAACAGAGGAGAAGAUUAUAAAGGAUGAAAAACACCUUGAGGAGUUAGUGAAGCAAAAAGCAGAAAUCCAGGAAGAUGCAAAAUGUUGGAACAGCAAAGUAGAAGAUUUGAAUAAUAAAAUAACUGCACAAGCUGAUGAGAACAUAAAAAUAUCAGAUGAUUUUUCUGACUUGGUUAAAGCUAUGGAAGAAUUGAAAUCCACCAGGGAAACUGAUUUACAAAGUAGAAAGCAAAAGCUUCUCAAAAUCAAUGAAGCACUGGACAUUUUGAAACGUGAAAAUGAAGGACUCCAAGGAGAAAGUGAAGAGUUUUUGCAAAAACUUGGAAAUUGUUCAAGAGCAAAGGAGGCAUAUCAGUCAGAAGUCAAAACUCUCAGCAAAAGCAUAGAGGAGUCUGAAGAUCAAAUAAAACAACUAAAUGAAGAGCUUUGUAAAGCUGAAUUAUUUUACAAUGAAAAAAAAGCAAAGUAUGAAGAAAUCCAAGAAGAAAUAACUGCAGAAAAGAUCACUAACAAGAAUCUGGAGUUGAAUCUUACAAAAGAAAUUCAAGAUGCAAAAGAGAUUUGCAAAGUGAUUCAGGCCAGGACUAAAGAUAUAUAUGAUGAG